AUGGGAUCCACCGCCUUGAGCAAGGCCUUGCCUCCAAGACUGGGACUCUCCCAGCGCCUCCCUAAGCCAUGGGCUUCUGAGGCUCUGAAAAGCGCGGAGCUCAGGGCCCUCCUGGCCCUCGGCUUCCGCUCAGCCGCCGAAGACUCGGAGUGGAAGGUCGCCUUUGGCCCUCGGCGCUUCGAAGAGCUCUUCGACCGAAACCAGGUGGGGUUCUCCAAAGCGCUCGGGCCGGCUCCCAGCCCUUGCAAGGGCUUUGAGAGACUGGGCUCUGGAGCUGUCGCCCGUCUCUCUCCCUUCCGUGCCUUCCUGGACGCGGCUCCGCCGAAACCAAAACCGACGGGAGGGGCGCGGAGCUCCAGAGGAGGCCAUGAUCGAGUGAGCGUGGGCCUGCAGGAAGCGCUCACGGCCUACCACUGGGGGGCCUUCAAGACCCUGCAGAGAGCGAAGCGGGAGCCGAAGGCGGCAGCGAAGCCCAAGGAGCCGAAGGCGGCGAAGGAGGCGAAGGCCAAGGCAAAAUGGGCCAAGGCGGGCUGCAGCCUUGGGGAGGUUACUUAA